AUGUCGAAUAAGCUUUAUAAACAAAUUUUAGAAAUUAACACAAAUGAAUAUUUAGAAAAUGAAUUAGUUAACAUCGAUUUUCAGUAUGAUAUUUUACUUGAUAUUAAAGAUGAUGAUCCACGAAAUUUAUCUAAAAUUAUUGCUGAAUCAUUGGGUAAUGCAGAUG